AUGAAAAGAGUAUGGACUGAUUCACCAAUAACAAAAGAUAUAUCACAUUUACUUCCAUCACCUAAUCAAAUUCUUAAUAAUCAACUUAAUUCUAUUAGUAAUCAAGAUUUAAUUGAAUCAAUAGAACCAUUUAAUGAAUUAGCUGCUUAUUAUGCUCAAAUGGCAAUUAAAGAUCUUGAUUUAAAUCAUAUAUAUCAUCCAUUAUUAAAUGCAUGUCGUUCUCUUGCUUCAACUUUACAUUCGGAACAAGUACCAUGGCAUUCAACACAACUUCGUCUUAUUCAAUUAAUUGAACGUUUUCCUCGUUUAAAACCAUUUUUAAUAGUAUUAAACAAAUAUGGUUCACAUUUAAAAGAUAUUCUUAGUGGAGAAAAAACUGGAUUAGAUAUAUUUUUUAGUGAUAAGGAAAUUGGAGAAACUUUUCAACAAGUUAAAACUCUUCUAAGUGCAACUAAAACACAACAAGUUUUUCAUUCGAUUUGCCAAUAUUUACAAUUACAAUAUGAACAACAACAACAAACUAAAGAUAAUUCAUUUCAGAAUUAUCGAUUACGUAUAUUUUGGUUAACUGAUAGUGAUUGCUCAGAUGUUUUACCUAUUCUUGAUCUUCUCCUCAAUUUAUCACAACAAACAGGUUUAUUAAUUGGUUUACAUUAUGCAGAUUCUAAUCCAAUACAACUUGCAAAUGCUCAACAAACAUUUAAUACACAUCUAACUAAUCAAACAAAAAAUUUAUCUAUUAUUUAUGAUGAAACAAUUGAUUUAUAUGAUAGUAAAACAUUUGAAAAAAUACCAAUAGAAUCAUUUGAUAUUAUAUUUUCUGCAAAUGAACUGCUAGGAAAUCAAGAUUUAACAAAAAAACAUUCUUUAAUUGCUCUUCGUCGUUUACUUGUUCCCAAUGGUCUUCUUUUAUUACUUGCAUUAGUUCAUACAACAUUAUUAGAACAAAUCCAAGAAUUUAAUUCUAUUGAAUCAACAAUAAAUCAAAAUGAAAAUACAUUUAUUAUUAGUCAAAAAACAAUAUCAAAUGAUAUAUUACAAACACUUGAUGAACGAAUAAAUCAAACAUGUGAUGAUGAUUUAGCAUUUGAACAAAAUGAAGAACUUCUACAUGGAACAUUUUCACAUAUUUUUCAAAUAAUUCAAAAACCAUCCCUACAAUUUUAUCCAUUUGUGUAUGUUCUUACAGAUCAUGCUCAAUUUAAUAAUGAUUCGAAUCUUAAUUUAAUUGCAUCACCAUUUAUUGGUCUUGCACGAAGUUUAAUAACUGAAUAUGAACGAAAUCGAUUAAAACUUAUUGAUCUUCAAACAUCAUUAAAUAAUAAUAAUCAAUCAAUAUUUCUUCAUAUUUUAAUAG